AUGAAAAAUCUCACCACUCUGACUGAGUUCACCCUUCUGGGCCUGACAGAUGCCCCGGAAUUCCAAGUUGCAAUAUUCCUCUUCCUCUUAUUCACUUAUAUGCUCAGCAUCUUUGGCAACCUGACCAUCAUCACUCUUACUCUCUUGGACUCACAUCUCCAGACCCCUAUGUAUUUCUUCCUCCGAAACUUUUCUUUCUUAGAAAUUUCCUUCACAUCUGUUUUUACUCCCAGAUUCUUGUUCAGUCUUACAACAGGAAAUAAAGCCAUCAGUUUUGCUGGCUGCUUCAUUCAGUACUUUUUUGCCAUAUUCCUGGGAGCAACAGAGUUUUACCUUCUGGCUGCCAUGUCCUAUGACCGCUAUGUUGCCAUCUGUAAACCUCUGCAUUACACAAUCAUCAUGAACAACAGAGUCUGCAUCCAACUUGUCCUGUACUCUUGGCUGGCUGGGUUCCUAAUUAUUUUAUCACCAAUCAUUCUGACAAGCCAGUUAGAUUUCUGUUCAUCCAAUGUGCUAAACCAUUAUUAUUGUGACUAUGGGCCUCUCUUGCAGAUUUCUUGUUCUGACACAACCCUUUUAGAGGUGGUUGACUUUAUCCUAGCUUUGCUAACACUCAUAAUCACCCUUGUGCUGGUGAUUCUUUCCUACAUAAAUAUCAUCCAGACAAUUCUUAGGUUUCCUUCUGCCCAGCAAAGGAAAAAAGCCUUUUCUACCUGUUCCUCCCACAUGGUUGUUGUCUCCCUCUCUUAUGGUAGCUGCAUUUUCAUGUAUGUUACACCAUCAGCAAAGGAAGGUGUUGCCUUCAACAAAGGAGUAGCUAUACUUAAUACUUCAGUUGCUCCCCUACUUAAUCCCUUCAUUUAUACUCUAAGGAACAAGCAAGUGAUACAAGCCUUCAAGGACAUGGCCCGAAAAGUCAUGAGUAUUUGAUGAGAGACAUAAUUAAAACCUAGUUAGAAAAUCUAAAUAAAGUAUAUGAAAUUUAUUAUUACUCCUCUGACAUUUCUUGCUAACCUUUCACCCUCAACUCCUU